AUGCGCCUCCCGACCUUUUCCUCUGUGAUCCGCACGUUCACGCUCUUCACCAACGCAACCAGUCGAUACUACACACCUCACGCGCAGCGAACACUUGCGCCACCGAACAGCCUCUUAUACAAGUCCAUGCCAACAAUCCCAUUCCUGAGCUCCUUCUUCGGCACCUCAGCAAAAUCCAGAGACAUGGCUUCCUACCCCGACCAGCGCUCCGACGAUGAGUGGCGAGCGGUGCUCAACAAAGAACAAUUCCGCGUCCUCCGCCAACAAGGCACAGAAGCCCCCUUCACCGGCGCCUACGACAAACACAGCCCCCAAUCCGGCACCUACACCUGCGCCGGCUGCAACGCGCCCCUCUACACCGCCCAGCACAAAUUCAAGUCCGGCUGCGGCUGGCCAGCCUAUUUCGACAGCAUCCCCGGCGCCGUCACCCGCCACACCGAUAGCUCCUUCGGCAUGGAACGCACGGAGAUUGUGUGCUCGAAUUGUGGUGGACAUCUGGGACAUGUGUUCAAGGGCGAGGGGUAUAACACGCCGACGGACGAGAGGCACUGUGUUAAUAGCGUGAGUUUGAAGUUCAACGAGGGGGAUCCCAAGACUAGCGGGGGUAAGGAGGAGGCGAA